AUGCCAAUCCGACAUCCAUCUCUUGACGAUGGGUUAGAGACAAUUCGAGUCGUCGUAAGCUCGAGUGCAAGUCGCCCGGUUGUAAGGCGCAGCCAAAGGCCAAGUCUUGGAGCUAUACCUACCAAGCAUGCGCUGUUCAUAGAGGUCCAGCCGCAACGGGAAGAAUUCCAAGCCGUUUGGCCCGGUCCUAGAGGUCCCCAGCCAGUCCCGGGUGGGGCACUAGGGCAUAUCGGGUUAGCAUGCGGGAUGGCUAGGAAGGCUGGGGAGGAUGGCAGUUGCCUUGCAGCGGCAACGCUUCAGAGGAUUCCAAAUCUGAACUCUACCUCUAUUGAAUCCACACUGCCACGAUUCCCAGUGGAUUGGCGGUUGGGAUCUGGUAUUUCGCGCGCCAAACCGCUAGCUGAACAUUCACACCUCACGAUAUACCAUGUAGACAACGACUCAUGGAAAUAUGUAUUUCAACUCGAUGGAACUAUCCUUCGCCGCUUCACGUCGACCGUGUGGCGAGCAGCUCGCGUGGCCACAUCUGCCGACCUGACGGGAAAGUAA